AUGGACGGCAGUGAGUGCUUUCUCGUGACACCGACUCGGUGGGGGCUUAUGCUAGAAUACGAGCGUGAGGAUGCUGUUGCUUUGCUGCGCCAGAAACUUGCUUUUUUCUCAUCAGACAGUCUAACUUUGACUGAAAGGGAAGAUGUACUUUUAUCAUCCGGUGCAGAGUCCUCGAAGACAGACUCACUGUUGAUUUACGGGUCAGUAGCACUGGUUCGCAAGGAGGCAUUUCUAUGGUUUCUUAGAGUUAUUAGGCUGACGCUCGUGGAGGAUAUGGCCUCACAGGUUGUCAUUUGCCCGCAAGUAGGGGACGCCGUGCCAAAUCUACUGCUACCUCCCUUAUGGGAAACAGGACAAACGAAGAGCUUCCGCCGAUGGAGCGUCGUUUACUGGGCAAUGCGAUGUGGAAUUCUUCGGGGUAUUAAAAAGCGGUAUGAGCUGACACAAUUAUAUUUGGAUCAAAUUGUGAGCAUUGGAGCUGGUGGUGACGACUUUGACGUGCGCGAAGAGGAGGAGGCAGCAUUUCUGCAGGAGAAGUUGUUCCACAAUGCCCAUCAGGAACUUCGAGAGAGUGUUUUGGAGGCGAAGAAUGCGCCAUUCGAUAUCUAUCAUAGCGCUUGUAAUGAGGAAAGGAUCAACCUCUCGUUUGUAGUCUCAAAUGUACCCACACUCAUCGUCGUUUGGGCCAGCUGGGAUGGCGCCUCGCUUGAUUGGCUGAGGAAGAACAUCUUCAAUCGGGAGGUCACUUGCAGUUGCGACCCCGUCCCGCGGCCAACUUUCGUCGCCGAUCUGAAAAUCAGGGAUCCGUGGCUACGGGUCGUGAGGGAGUUUACUUCUAUUCCCAAUGGGGAAGCGAACCAGCCGGUUGAGGAAGUGUCGGGAAUUGCCAAGUGUGCUCAGAUAGUAUUAAUUAGUGUUGAUGAAGAGCAAGGCGCAGCUGUCGGCUGCCUGAAGGGGUUGAUAGAUGGGAUUGAUGGAUGGAAGAGUCCCAUUGUCCCCCUAAUGCCGCUGUGGAGUGGUCCAAAGGGUAUGCUAAGUGAACUCUCAUCUGCCCUUGGUUUCUCGAGGCUUCCGUACUUUAUGGCCGUUCAAAAUACCCGUGUUGAGACUGCGAAGGGGGAUGCCAAGCAGUUUCCGCGCAUCUGUUACGUUACUCCUAAUGGGCAGGGGGAGGUCCCCCCAACCCAGUCAUGUACUGAGGGUAAUACUGCUGAACUUGGAGAGUGUGGGAUGAACUCGCCAGAUUGGCAUCUUGUCGAUAAGGGGGAACGUCAGCGCGUGACUGGUGAAAUCGAGCGAUUUUUAUUAUCCACUGAUGCACCUUUGCGUUUCCACGCUCGUGUUGACAAAACAUAUCAUUCUCUUGGGACGCCCACGUUGGCGUCAUCAGAGUCCCACCAACCUGACGUAUCGUCGUUUGUGUCCCUGUCAGGAACUAUUUCUUCGCUUGAUUUAGCGAAGCUAAAGAAUGCGUUGCGCGUCUUUGCUGGUGUUCGGAACAGCGCCGUAAACCUAAAUGUUAUUAAGCCUUCGUGCCCGUUACUGGUUGAGCUGAACCCUGCUACUCCAACAAAAUACAUUCGGGGGGUGCAACGGUGUGUCACGUGUAGUGAAUGUCACAAGGAUAUAUUAAUAGAUAAGGAAUACCACUUUAGAUGCAUUCAGUGUAGCCAGGUAAAUGGAACUCUCUGCAAGAUCUGCUUUGAGGGCGCCAAACAUCCGGCCCACCACAUACUACUGAGGAUGAACGUCGAAACCCCAACAACAGUGGAGUUGCUUUGGGGCCCUUCAAAUGUUGCACCAUUAGAACUUUUUCGAGGAGUACUCGUGACGAACAAGAGGAACACACACAUUGGUGUGUACUGCAAUUUAUGUGCCCAACUUGUGCGUGGCAGACGUUGGAAAUGCGCCAUGUGCUACGAUUUCGACAUAUGUAAUGGGUGUAUCGAGGAAAAUUGUAUGAAGUUCAGCGAUGCCGGCGAAGUGAGUUUUGUUGUUUCGGACGGCGUCGGACAUGGCCAGAAGAAUACUUUGUCGAGUUCUUACCAUACAAAGGAUCACAUGUUUUUGUGCGUCCGUCACGCAUGUGGCUCCGCUGGUGACGCAUGUUUGAGGCCAGUAAUGGAGCCGAAUGCGGUAAAGCUUCUUCUGGAAGGAUAG